UUGUUGUAAACUCGCAAGAUGCAGAUGAUGCAUUUGCGCAUGGCUCCAAUAGUUGGAGCAUGCAAAGGAUCGACUCCUACAUAAUAUUGUCGCCAGGACAACGCGAAGCGUUGUUAAGUCGAUGAGGUCCACGUGGCACCUUAGGCACCUCUACACCAUGUCCGACCCGCUAGCACCUACCGUGGAAGACAAGUUGAACGAUCUGAAUAAGAAAAUUGCAGAGAUCAAAAAGAAGAUUCAGCUAUCAGAGGGUCAAAGAAAAGCGAAUUUCGAAGAGUACGAAGCUACGAGACAUGAACAAGCGGAGAAAAUCGCAGCUCUCAAGCAAAGCGUCAAGGAGUUGUACAUGGAAUACGCGAAAACGAAAAACAACGAGGGAAAACCUGAGAACAGAAUUCACAUGAGUCGCGAGUCCUCGGCUUCUGGGAAAAGACGUAAUUUAAGCGAGACAAUUGCUAAAGCGCAGGAGGACAAUGUACGCUUAAGAAAGAAGCACGAUCUAAUUAAGUAUCAGCGCGAGAAGCGACAGCAGAAAUUAAGAUCGCUGCUGGAAGAAUAUAGCCAAUUAGUGAAUAAUAAAGCGCAGAAAGUGUUCAAGAAGAAGAUGGAAAUCCCGAUGAGAAAUAAAAUCGUGAAGCUAGAGGUACGCCUGGAACACAUCAGAAUGAUGCAAAUCAAAGCAAACUUAACACGGAUGAAGUAUCGAUCCACGCGUGCGGAUUUGAAAGAAAAGUCUGUGCUUUACGCGUCUUCCUUGAAGAGCCUGGAGGAUGAAAUAAGGGAGCAAGAGAACGAAAUAAAACGUCUCCAGGCAAGGCACGAAGUUUAUCGUCAAACUUUACUUUUAAACGAGUCUAGUGGAACAGAGCAAAAAUAAUAUGCUUCUGUGCAGAGAGCGAGGGAAGAAGCUAUUCAGUUGAGAAAUAACUCUCAAGAAACACUGAUCAAAGAAGAAAUCGAAGUCACGAACUGCAGCAAAGAGCGAAACGCUGUGCUCGAGGACUACAGGUUCGAAUCAACGAUUGUCUUUUAUUUGCUAAUUGUAGUAUUAGCAAUACGUUUAUUUUUACUUACGUACAUUGUUGGCUCUGAAAGUAGGGUCGAAGCCAAUGUUUCCGAUUUUGCAGCAUUUUUCAUUACUCCAGAAAUGAAGCAUCAAAAUGGGAUCUCUCAA